AAGAUUGGCAUAAGCUCCAUGUAAUUAGUAUUCACAUCCUCUCUUUCAUUAUUUCGUGCGAAACCGGAAAACCAAACAUAGAUUCUCCAAUCGCUUAGAUGUGAUAGAAAACCCGUUAUGGAUGUCGGGUGAGAAAUACGCCAAAAAAGCGCGAGCUAUGAUCCCCAAGGCUAUUGAAGACCCCUCCAUAGAACACAUUCAAGGCAUCUUGAUUUUGAUCAACCACGAGUAUGGCUUAGCCCGAGUUUCUAGAUGCUAUACUUAUACAGGACUUGCCAUACGAAUGGCUUACCAGUUAAACUUGCACAAGGAGCACAUGUUUCGAGAUUACGACAUCGAUAAAUUUAACCCGGAUAGAGAGCCUCAGUCAUUUCUCCUUACUGUGGAGGAAUGGAUGCAGUACGAGGAUAGACGACGGUUAUUCUGGGAAAUUUAUAUGCAAGAUACAAUAACGAGUGCUUACGCGGGAAAGCCCACCAUGAUGGGAACACAUGAUUUGGACGUUUUGUUACCGAUAUACAAUAGUACAUAUGAAGUGUUGUCGACUCCAGUCGAAUAUUUUCAACCUUCAAUUGAUGGACGACAAUGUAUGAAGUAUGCAGUCAUUCGUGAUUCCACUGGCCAAAUUACGAGCAUCCAAGUGACACCUGUAUUGGAAAAUGUUUCAAAGAGGAAAGCCGAAGAGAAUUCCUUGACAAUGCAUCCAUUGACGGCAAAGAAUCAUAUUGGAUUAGAACCACGUAUCAUACAGCUUAUUGUAUUAUUCGCUGAAAUUUCCAAAUAUCUCAAUCAAGAAUCGUCACAUAACAAGGAGGAAUGGAUGAGACUCGACCAAGCUCUUGAUGAUUGGGCACAAGCACUUCCUGUAAGUCUACACAACACUCGAACCAAUCUGGAGUAUUUCCGUGAACAUGAAAACAAACCUUUUAAAUCUGGCCAGUUUAUCACCUAUCACCUUUUGUACAAUACGCUUACCAUUCUAUUGAAUCGAUAUGCCUUCGUUUUGACAGACGAAGAAGAUCUUACGGAAAAUCUUGAUUUUGCGAAUAACCCAAUCGAACAAAGCAAAAUUGAAACAGCCAAACAAAAAUGCCUGGAAGCGGUCAACAAUGUGACAGAUAUGCUGAAAGAAUUGGGUGAUCGAUUCGAUGUAAUACCACCCUUCUGUAUAUAUUUCAUCUACAUUACAGCUACUGUAAUUGUAAACAGUUGUUUCUCGGCAGAAACAGAGGAAGACAGAAAAAAUGCAAAGCUGGCAUUGAAUCAAUGUUUGAAUGUGUUGGCUGGAAUGCGGAAUUACUGGGCCACAGCUGAUCGAACAUACUUUGUUAUUUGUGAUUUCUAUAUGCUUCAUGAAAAGAUAAAUCGUCAACAAUUGCGACAAAAAGAGCAGCUACAACAAUUACAUCAACAGCAUCAACAGCAUCAACAGCAGCCCCCAAAGCAAGCAUCUCAUCUUCAGCACGAUUACUCAUCUUAUCAAGCGCAACAACGAGAAGGACUGUCAGAAUCAUUGCCAACCAAUAAUUUACACUCUAACUAUAUCUAUAAUAAUGCAUCAUCCGUCUCUCACAACUCCUCUUCUUCGAUAUCCUCUCCUUUCGCCUUACCCUUAGCAACUAUGAACUCUUUAUUCUAUAGCGAUUUGAUGGCUGAACGACAAAGUUUCAAAAACUCCACUCUACUGAAUAGUAACGAUCUUCUUAACGAAGCUUUAUCAUUUGAUUGUUGGCUACAGCAGCAACAAAGGCACUCGGAUGCCAAUAAGCAGCAGUAUCAGCCACCAAAAUAGUACUUAUAUUGUUUUCCAUUACCUGCGAUAAGUAUACAGCUAUGCCUGAUUUCAAUAUUAUCUUAUACAUCUAUAAAAUAGCGAUACUUCGCAUUAUU